GCUCACUGUACCAUGCAGUCAUCAGGCAUAAAAGGUUGGAGACGUGUGAGGAGAGAAGCAGAAACUAAAAAGCAACAAACAUGAAGAAGAUUGUUUUUCUGAUGCUAGCUUUUGGCAUCUGCCUUUCUGAUUCUGGACCUGAUAAGGAAAAAGUCAAGGCCUGUCAGGGUGCAGACUCUGUUGGCUGCUGUAACAUCUGCUGUCUCUCAUCUGUAACUCAAAAAGUGGGAGAACUGGGGGAGAAAGUUGUAAACUUAGCAGAAAAAAUUACUUUUCUGGAGACCAGGCUGCAAAACACUGAAAAAGAAGUUCUGGAGUUACGGAGCCUCACUGGAGGCUCUCCUCAAGUGGCUUUUUCAGCAGCUCUCAUGGAUUCUGGUUUUGGAAACAUAGGACCUUUUACCACUGCUACCCCAUUGCAGUACAAAAAAGUUUUCUCCAACACAGGCAAUAGCUAUAAUCCUUCAACAGGUAUUUUCACAGCGAUGGUCAGUGGAAUGUACUUUUUUCGCUUCUCAAUGUUCAACAACUUGGCUUCUCCUCCCAACUCGGUUGUGAGCCUCAUGAAGAACAGCGAACGGCUGACGUCUGUGUGGGACACCAAUGGGUCUGACAUCAACGACAUGGGCAGCAACGCUGUGGUCAUCCCUCUGAAAGUGGGAGACAACGUGUUCGUGCAGCUGCAGCCAAACAGGCUCGUCUAUGACGACAACAUGAAUUACAACACUUUCAGUGGCUUCCUGCUUUUUACAAUAUGAUCCAUACAACAGCUCUGCAUGCCAGCAUGAUUCUUUAUUAUUUCAGAAUGAAGGAAGUUUCUUUUUUCAAUGUUCAAAUGAGCAUAAUUUGUGUUGGAAAUGCUUGAUGAAAUAAAUUAAUCAGA